GUAAAUAUGUGUUGAUUAACUGAGAUUAACCUUCCCUGACUUUUCUCACACCAAGGUGAGGACCAUGUCCCUGAUUCCGUCACUCUCUCUCCUUCUCAUGAGUAUGGUGGCAGCAUCUUACUCAGAAACUGUGACCUGUGAGGAUGCCCAAAAGACCUGCCCUGCGGUGAUUGCCUGUAGCUCUCCAGGCAUCAAUGGCUUCCCAGGCAAAGACGGGCGUGAUGGCACCAAGGGAGAAAAGGGGGAACCAGGCCAAGGGCUCAGAGGCUUACAGGGCCCUCCUGGAAAGUUGGGGCCUCCAGGAAAUCCAGGGCCUUCUGGGUCACCAGGACCAAAGGGCCAAAAAGGAGACCCUGGAAACAGUCCAGAUUGUGAUAGUAGCCUGGCUGUCUCAGAAAGAAAAGCUCUGCAAACAGAAAUGGCACGUAUCAAAAAGUGGCUGACCUUCUCUCUGGGCAAACAAGUUGGAAACAAGUUCUUCCUGACCAAUGGUGAAAUGAUGACCUUUGAAAAAGUGAAGGCCCUGUGUGUCAAGUUCCAGGCCUCUGUGGCCACCCCCAGGAAUGCUGCAGAGAACAGAGCCAUUCAGAAUCUCAUCAAGGAGGAAGCCUUCAUGGGCAUCACUGAUGAGAAGACAGAAGGGCAGUUUGUGGAUCUGACAGGAAAUAGACUGACCUACACAAAUUGGAAUGAGGGUGAACCCAACAAUGCUGGUUCUGAUGAAGAUUGUGUAUUGCUACUGAGAAAUGGCCGGUGGAAUGAUGUCCCCUGCUCCUCCUCCCAUCUGGCUGUCUGCGAGUUCCCUAUCUGAAGAGUCACAUCACUCAGGCCCACCUUGUCUUUUUACUGCAACCCACAGGCCCACAGUCUGCUUGAAAAGAUAAAUUAUAUCAAUUUCCUCAUAUCCAGUAUUGUUCCUUUUGUGGGCAAUCACUAAAAAUGAUCACUAACAGCACCAACAAAGCAAUAAUAGUAGUAGUAGUAGUAGUAGUUAGUAGCAGCGGUAGUAGUCAUGCUAAUUAUAUAAUAAUAUAUUUUUAUAUACUAUGAGGCCCUAUCUUUUGCAUCCUACAUUAACUAUCUAGUUUAAUAAAUCUGUAAUACUUUCGAUAGUGUUAACUUGCUGCAAUAUGAAAAUAAGAUGGAUUCAUUUUUCCAUUUACAACAAACACCUGUGCUCUGUUGAGCCUUCCUUUCUCUUUGGGUAGAGGGUUCCCCUAAUGACAUCACCACAGUUUAAUACCAUAGCUUUUUACCAAGUUUCAUGUAUUAAGAAAAUCUAUUUUGUAACUUUCUCUAUGAGCUCUGUUUUCUUUCUAAUGAGAUAUUAAACCAUGUAAAGAACAUAAAUAACAAAUCUCAAGCAAACAGCUUCACAAAUUCUCACGCACAUGCACACCUAUAUACUCACUUUCUAGAUUAAGAUAUGGGACAUUUUUGACUCCCUAGAAGCCCCUUUAUAACUCCUCCUAGUACUAACUCCUAGGAAAAUACUAUUCUGACCUCCAUGACUGCACAGUAAUUUUGUCUGUUUAUAAACAUUGUAUAGUUGGAAUCACACUGUGUGUAAUGUUGUAUGUCUUGUUUACUCAGAAUUAAGUCUGUGAGAUUCAUUCAUGUCAUAUGUACAAAAGUUUCAUCCUUUUCAUUGCCAUGUAGGGUUCCCUUAUAUUAAUAUACCUCUGUUCAUCCAUUCUAUUGUUAAUAGGCACUUAAGUGGCUUCCAAUUUUUGGCCAUGAGGAAGAGAACCCACGAACAUUCCUGGACUUGUCUUUUGGUGGACAUGGUGCACUAAUUUCGCUACCUAUCCAGGAGUGGAACUGGUAGAGGAUGAGGAAAGCAUGUAUUUAGCUUUAGUAGAUAUUACCAGUUUUCCUAAGUGAUUGUAUGAAUUUAUGCUCCUGCCAGCAAUGUGUGGCAGUCCUAGAUGCUCUAUGUGCUUGUAAAAACUCAAUGUUUUCAGUUCUCUUAAUUUUCAUUAUUCCUGUGGAUGUAAAGUGAUAUUUCCCCAUGGUUUUAAUCUGUAUUUCCCCAACAUGUAAUAAGGUUGAACACUUUUUUCUAUGCUUAUUGGGCACUUGGGUAUCUUCUUUUGUGAAGUACCCGUUCACAUCUUUUGUAUUUUGUUUAAAUUAGUUAGCCAAUAUUUUUCUUACUGAUUUUUAAGUUAUUUUUACAUUCUGAAUAUGUCCUUUUUAAUGUGUAUUACAAAUAUUUUGCUAGUUUUUGACUUGCUCCUAAUGUUGAAUUUUGAUGAACAAAAUUUCCUAAUUUUGAGAAAGUCUAUUUAUUCAUAUUUUCUUUCAAAAUUAGUGCUUUUUGUGUCAGGUUUAAGAAAUUUUUGCCCAUCCCAAAACCAUAAAGAUAUUUUUCACAAUUUUGAAACCAUGAAGAGAUUUUUCAUGAUUUUGAAAUCAUGAAGAUAUUUUUCCAUUUUUUUCUAAUAGUUUUAUUAAUAAACAUUCUAUCUAUUCCUAGUAGAAUAGAUAUCCACUUGAGACAGCACUAUUUGUAGGAAAGACCAUUUUUCCUCCAUUGAAUUAGGGUGGUGCAUUUUUGUAAGUUAGGUAACUGUAUGUGUGUGUGUCUGUUUCUGGGCUGUCUAUUCUAGUCUAUUUGUUGAUGCUUGUGUCAAACAGUACACUAUUUUAAUUACUGUAUAUUUAUAGUUGUAACUAUAGUCCAGCUUUGUUCUUCUUCAAGUCAAGAUUUACAUAUAAAUAUUAGAAACAGCUUCUCAGUUUCCACAAAAACCUGAUGAGGUUUCCAUUGGGACCACAUUGACUCAAUCAACUUAUGCAGAACUGGCAACUUACUACUGAAUCUCUAAUCAAUGUUCAUCGUGUAUCUCUUUGUUUAACAAGGAUUUCUUUAACUUCAUUGCUAUGUUUUGACAUUUUUAGUUUAAAAACCUUAUAUAUCUUGUUUUGGUGGUUUUAGUGAUUUUAAUAAUAUAUUUUUAAUAUUUUUUCUUUUCUAUUCUUGUACACAGAAAUACAGUUUUAAGUUUUGUGUGUAGUCUUACAAUGUUUAGUAACCUCAAUAAGUUUAUUUCUUAAAUUUAGUAAUUUGUAGAUUCUUCUGGAUUUUGUAUAUGCAUAGUCAUGUAAGCUGAAAAUAUGGCAAUACUUGUUUCUUCCCAAUUGCUUUACUUUUUUUCUUACCUUAUUGCACUGGUUAGCAACCCCAAUACAGAGACCACCAGAGCAGAUAUAGACUCAUGAAAGACAAUAUAAUGAAGUGCUCCAGUCAGGCCUAUCUAAACUGGAUUCACAGCUCUGUCACUUAAUUGCUACAUGAUCUAGAGCCAGUUACUUUGUGUUUCAGCCAUGUGUUUGCAGCUGGGAGAAAAUAAUGAUUCCUAUUUCAUGAAAAUUGUGGGGACGAUGAAAUAAGUUAACACCUUUAAAGUGUGUAGUAAAGUAUCAGGAUACUACAUUUUAGGCCUUAAUACACACAGUUAUGCCACUAGAUAUAUGCUUUUUAAUGCGAUAAUGUGAUAUUAUAAAUAACACGUAUCGAUUUUUAAAAAUUAAAUAAACCUUACUUUGAUGGAAUAAACUCCAUUUAGUCACA